GGGCGUUGCCGACGACUCUUGACCAUAAUAGGGCGACGUAUCUCGCGUGGCACAACAGAUUGAAAUCCAAGACUGUUUCGAGUCAUAUUUUUUUUCCUUAAUCGUUUACCAUCUCAUCCAAAAUGUCCAAGCCCUGCUUCUGGCUUCGCUGCGAAAAGAAGGAGUUCGAGCGCCGAGCUGCGCUGACGCCGACUACAUCCAAAAAGCUCAUCGAUGCCGGGUUCGAAAUAUUUGUCGAAAGAGACGAACAACGUAUCUUCGAUGAUUCUGAAUACGAAGCUGUUGGAUGCAAGCUAGUGGAUAACAAUACUUGGCCAUCAGCGCCAGUGAACAUACCAAUCAUUGGAUUGAAAGAGCUCCCCGUGUCCACAGACCCCCUCCCACAUACUCAUAUCCAGUUUGCUCACUGUUACAAGCAACAAGCUGGGUGGAUUGAUGUAUUGUCGCGUUUCCAAAGAGGUGGAGGAGCCCUGUACGACCUAGAGUUCUUGAAUGAUGCCAAUGGCCGACGGGUCGCGGCCUUUGGUUACCACGCUGGCUUCGCAGGGGCUGCUGCUGGUGCCCUUGCGGUGGCGUCGCAGAGAAAGGGCGAAAAGCUUGGUCUUCUCAAGCCUUUCGAAAAUGAAGAUGCGAUGAUAAGCACUGUCAAGACCGCUUUGGGUGGUAGUGGCAAGGGUGUCAAGGCCUUGGUCAUUGGCGCCUUGGGACGGUGUGGACGCGGCGCGGUUGACCUCUUCAGGAAGAUUGGUUUAGACGAGGACGAUAUUCUCAAGUGGGACAUGGAGGAAACCGCCAAGGGUGGCCCCUUCCCCGAGAUUCUUGACGUCGACAUCUUCGUCAACUGUAUCUAUCUCAGCUCCAAAAUUCCCUCGUUCUUGACUCGUGAACAAAUCAUCUCUGCCGGAAAAGGUCGCCGGUUGUCGAUCGUUGUCGAUGUCAGCUGUGAUACUACCAACCCCUUCAACCCAAUUCCCAUAUACACGAUUAAUACGACGUUCUCUUCACCCACAGUACCUGUCGAUGUUGGGGAUGAGAAUCCGCCUCUGUCCGUGAUAUCUAUUGAUCACUUGCCUACCUUGCUUCCACGAGAAGCUUCGGAGCAGUUCAGUUCGGACCUUCUUCCCUCCUUGCUACAGUUCCCUGACCGGGAGGCCGCGCGAGUGUGGACUGAGGCCAAGGCGCUUUUUGACAAGAAAGUUGCAGAGGCCGUCGAAGCGACUAAGCUGUAGACAAAUUAUGAGGUGGUUUUAGAAGGUUUUUAGACAGUAAAAUACGGCUUGAAUUGUUGAAAAGUCAGCAGACAAAUAUUGUGGACGAUGCCAAGACAUAAACGUUCUGAUGUACUGAUGGUUGUAACCGACACCCCGAUGAGGUUCAUUUAGAUGUUGCUAGUAGUGCUCAUAUGUGCUAGCAGUUCCGGAGAUCAGGAUAUAUAUACAGAAGGAUCAGAUUGAAUCCAAGCAUCGGUAUAGGUAGUCGCAAGGGGAACGGAUGAUACAUUGGCGAGAUGUAGAGCGGGGAGAAGGUUGCUAAGGAGGACAUGCCGAAGAUAAAUAUUUAAUGGCAG